GGCGCAUUCGAUGAGGCUGUCAAGGGAGUUCAAGCGAUCGCGCACACUGCCUCCCCGUUCCAUUUCCAGGCGGAGGAUCCAGCCGGUACGCACUCAUUCGAAGGUGUAUGCAGCGACUCACGGGCCCUCGCAGUUCUGAUCGACCCUGCGGUGAAGGGUACUGUGGGGAUGCUCAAGAGUGUGCUGAAGAAUGGGUCGGUCACCUUCGUUCGACCGAUCACGUCGAGUAGCGCGCUGACGGGUUGCAUCUAGGAAGGACGUCAAGCGCAUCGUCGUGACAUCCUCCGCCGCAGCUAUUGUCAGCGUGUAUCCUGAACCGAC